UACUGCCAUCAACAACGGAGGCAGGAGGCUUGCUAUGAGGCUGACAGCACUACAAACGCCGGCCGACACCUCUCAAGUAACAAGCCUGGGCACUCACACGGGCCCAACGGACCUAUACCAAUCGCUAGCCGGGAGGGUAAUAUUAUGGGCGCGCUUGCAAAGUCCCAAGUACAUAUUAUGAGGUCGAAAGGGAUAGAGGUAUCGCAAGGGGUGGCAAACGAAAUGGCAGCAAGCUUUUCAAACUCUCAAUUCCAGGAUGCCUUGAAGGAC